UCGCUACUCACAGAUCCAUCAUGUUGGCUAUGGAAUCCGCCUCCGCCGUCAACAGUUAUAGCUCCGCCUCUACUACCACCACCUCCACCUCCGACAACCACCACCACUAUCCUCUUUUGGAGCCUGCACCACCAUCCCCACCGCCACCUGCACUCAGCAGGUACGAGUCACAGAAGCGACGUGACUGGAACACGUUCGGGCAGUACCUAAAGAACCACCGCCCUCCACUCACACUAUCCCGCUGCAGCGGCGCUCAUAUUCUCGAGUUCCUCCGCUACCUGGACCAGUUCGGUAAGACCAAAGUCCACACCUCCUGCUGCCCCUUCUUCGGACACCCACAACCUCCUGCCCCCUGCCCAUGCCCUCUCCGCCAGGCCUGGGGCAGUCUCGAUGCUCUCAUCGGCCGCCUCCGCGCCGCCUUCGAGGAGAACGGCGGCCACCCGGAGACCAACCCCUUCGGCACCCGAGCCGUCAGGCUCUAUUUAAGGGAAGUGAGAGACUCGCAGGCCAAGGCCAGAGGGAUUGCUUACGAGAAGAAGCGUAAGAAAUCCGCCAUGGCUCCACUGAAGAAGCACCAACGACAUGCCCCCGACGAACCCAUGCCUCUCACGGAUCACUCCGCUUCCUAACUUCCAAUCAAGAACUUAAUCAAUCUAUCACUUAGUUUUCUGUAAGCCCUCGUAAUUAUAGUUAGUAUUUUGUUUAAUUACCCCUUCCCAAUCUGUGUUUAUAUAUUCAGACGAUUUUUUAUUUUUUUUAAUGGAUUUUAAUAUUUCGUGAUAA